AUGGCCUCGAUUGAAGAGCGAUGGGAAUUAAGAAGCAUCGUGUCUCACCAGCGUAAAGACCCUCUUAGCUUCUCCGUGGGCAAUAACGCCGAUGUUUUCGAUUUUGAGAUCCUCUGGGGAACAGGGGAGAAAACAUGGGAGCCAGAAAUCUCGGUGCAAGAGGACGCACCCAGCAUGACUUUUGAUUACUGGGAGGGGCUGGGAGGCCGGUCUCAGUUCAUGGAGAACGCUGACUACUGGAUCCCGUUGGCCAUUGUCAGGCACCGCCUUCAGAAGGAAAACCCCAAUGAUGACGAGGAAUACUCGAUCCAAUGGGUCGGAUCUCGUGAUCGCACGUGGGAGAAGAAGACCAACGUCCCCCGGGCCCUACAGCGACAGUCAACCAAGAGCGCAAGACGUCGCCAUCAAGCCGCUGAAGACAACGACGUUUUUGUCGAGGACUACGCCGACGACGAUGUCGAUGACGACUACCACCCGUGA